AUGCUGUGGUACUCUCAACAACAUGACGGCAUAGCAAAGACUCGACAGGAUUACGGUUACGUGUGGCGGUUCGGCCCAACAGCUGUUCUCACGAUAGUCGCCGCCUUCUGGGCACGGGUCGAGUUACAAGCCAUGAGAUACAUGCCUUGGAUCGCCCUCCGACGCGGCCAAUCUCCCGACUACGACCUGGAUUACACAUCUAUGCUGAUGCCCACUGUCCUCUACGCAUCCCUCCGCCGGAAACACUGGCUAGUCCUCCUGGUCUCGGUGGUCUCCCUGCUGAUCAGGGCCGAGAUCGUGCUCGCCCCUGGUCUGUUCCAGCUCACACCUGUCCAGCGCGCAGAGCCCACCAACAUCGCAAUGGCAGACUCCUUCAGCCUCAACUGGGACACCGACACGGGGCGCGAAGCAAUCAUCGCUUACUAUGCCGCCCGCGCUGUACACGACUUCAACAUGACGUAUCCUUUUGGCGUCACCCAGAAGGCUGCCUACCAGACAUUCGCACUGGCGGAUACGGGCAGAAGAGGUACCACCAGCGCGCCUGUCAAGGCCGAGGUUGACGCCUUCUUCACGGGUAUGGAGUGUCUGAAAGCGAAAAGAUGGUCAGCUUCGGAGGCAGCAAAAAAGCUCAUGAGCAGGUUCUACUCGGUCGAUGUUUCUUUCCAAUUCGAGGGCUGUCAGCAAAACGUCUCAUUCACCCAAGAAACGGUCCAGAUGCCAGACACGUCCAUAAUGCCAGCGAAGAUCUAUGACUCCUGGCAGCUGAGUAAAGACCUAUCACCCAAUUCCCGCCCAUGCGCCAACCUGCCGCAACAGUAUGAUCAAUUUGUCUAUUUCGCGGGACAAUAUGUGAAGGGCGCAUCUGUCAACUCGUCCCGGCCCGUAGAGCUUGUAAAGGCAGAUGCCAUUCUGUGCUCCCCCACCGCUUGGAUAUCCAAAGUCGAAGUUACCGAUGACGGAAUCAGCCCGAACCUCACGGUCUUACCGAACCAGGAAAAGCGCCCAAUCGAAGCUGAAAUUUGGGGCAUUUUGGGAAAGGCUAUCCCGUCGACUCCUGGAGGCUGGGAUUUCAGCCCUCAGAUUGGCACCUCCCAGCUGAACUACGGGCCCGUCAGAGGGGAGCUCUCAUUCAGCGAAGAGCGAGCCAAUUUUUCGGACACAACCGAACUGCUGUACAAUUGUACCAUCAACUUGACUAGGAGGCUGGGGCCCCUUGUCGGGCACUACCUGUUUCGACAAAAUAACACCGACAAGUCUGAAGCGGUUGCGGAUAUGUUUGUUGUUAUCGAUAGACUGGCGCUCAACCCGCAAGUCUGCUGGGCUAUAUUUGCUCUUUCCUCUCUGAUAGCCGCCAUCAUCGGCCUCUCUCUAUUUCGAUCCCGGCGGUAUACCACGAUAUGGUACCGAGAUCCGGCUACCGUCUUGGGACAUCUCCUCUUCCUCAGCGACCAUCCCGAGCUUCGAGAAACGGAGCCGAAUGAAAGCGAUGAUAAGAGCUGGGGCCAUGGCACCUUCACCCCGAUUGUGUUGAGACCCUGGGCACAGAUUGCAUUCGCGAUUUUCGUCUGCGGUCUUCUCAUUGGCCUAGGUUCGACGUUGCAGCAGUCGGAGGCGCACCAUGGGCUAGCAACAGUCGACGAGAGGGGAUACUGGUAUCUGUUGUGGACUUCCUUCCCAUCGAUGAUCAUGCUAGGCGUCUCGUUGUACAUCAGCUCGUGCGACUUUGUUUUGAGGGCCUUGUCUACCCUUCACAAUCUGUCUACCCGGCCGUGUGAUUCCCGGUUACUGGACUUCUCCAUGCUGGACAUGCUCGGGCUCCGCGCGCUUUGGAAAUCAUCGCAGCAAAGGCUUUGGACGAUUACCAUGUCCCAGCUCACGGUAGUCUUUUGCGGCUUCCUAGCCACACUUGCUACCGUUCUCUUCUCAAUCGAAACAGUAAUCAGCCCCGUGGAAGUGCAGCUGCAACAGCAAAGUUGGUUCGGUGAUACUUUUAUCGACAACAACACAGAUUCACCCGCACAGAACCGCGAGAAUAUCCGGAGCCUGUUGGCACGUCGCGGAGAAGCUAACUUCACUUACCCGAGAAACACGUAUGCCGACAUGGCAUUUCCUAUGCUUGAUAUGUCACAGCUGCCCGUCGCAAACAGCACAAGACAGGUGACGAUACAGUUCAAAGUGCCCGCCGCGAAGCUGGUCUCAAGCUGCCAGCGGUUGCCCGAGGCCCGGUUCAACGUCACGGUGAUGAACUACACGGAACAAAUCUCGCAAAACACAUCCGAGACGGUGUACCAGGGCCCGAUGCUCAUAAAGGAGAAAUGCCCUACCGGCUACACGGACAACCUGGGCCACCUGUUCAUCUUCGGCCGCAACCAAACAGGCGCGCACAGCGGCAAGUCUAGCUUUGCCGACAUCCUGGCAUCUCCUGGCAAUCUUUACGACAUGAACCAGCCCUGCCAACUGAACAUUACAGAUGCCAAUGAUCUUCUCCGCCCGAUAAUGCAGCAAACAUAUGUCUGGGGCCAGUGGAACUACGAUAAGUACGACUUUGACCUGCUGCGGUUCUGGAGGUGCGACUAUUCUUGGGCGCAGGUCAUGACCGACGUAACCAUGGUCAAAGGAUCAGACGGCGAGUUCGCCAUCGACCAGACCAGACCGCCUGUCCCGGACCUAUCUACUACGAAGAAAUUGGAUCACCCAUUCGUCGUACCUGUAAGAGACUACCAGGACCUGUUCAUGGUUGUGGGGGCUAGCACCGGCCUUGAUGGCAACGUGGCGCCUGAGAUUAUUGUCACCGACCCCUCAGCUGGCGACAUCAACCCCUUCUUCCGGCCCUUGAUACAGCCGUACGGAAAGCUGCCGCUCGAGGCGUUUGGCGACCCGGAGUGGGAAAACGCGGUUCUGGAGGAGCUGCACACAAAUUUGGGAUUCGCGAGUGCGCAGCUGGCGAAUCUGGAAAACCGGUUGGACGUAGGGCAAGAUUCCAGGACCACACCGUUCCCGGCCGAGGGCUUGCCGGCUGUGGAGGCUCUUGUGACUGACGGGGGCCAACGGAGGCUGAUGCAGAAUGCGACGGUCACGUAUGUCAUUAUCGGGAUACUUGGUCUAGUCGCUUUGGGCAUCUUGUGGACGCUGUUCUCGAGGGUGAUGAGAAUGUAUGGGGUCAAGAGAGAUUGGUUUGCGAUGGAUGUGAAGGGGCUUGCGCCGGACGGCUUUGGGAGCAUUGGUGCGAUGACGAGCUUGUUGCGUGAGUCGAAUGCAAUGGAUCAUGUGCCAUCGCAGUCGGAAAGAGUCUCAACCGCCGAUCUCCAUGAGAUGCUGAAGGGUCUGUGGUUUCGGCUGGGAUGGUUCAGUAGGGAAGCGGAUCAGAGGAGGCACUUCACUGUCGGGGUGUUGGAGGAUAAGAAGUUUUCUUGGAUUGAGAGUAAGAUAGAGGCGGAGAUGGGAGAGAAGCCUAUGUAUGAGAGGGUGGUCAGUACUUCUGAGGAGACGGCAUUUAGAGUAGGCAGUCCUGAAGUCGUAGAUGGACCGCGGGAUAGAGAGUAG